AUGCCGCUCCCCUCCCAGUUCCAGUCCGGCCGCUACCCUCCGCCGCGCACCGACAGCCUCUCUCGCGCAGCCAAGCACCCCAUCUUUGCCACCGUCGAGGAUGAGCUCAGGGACAUCCGCCGCGUGCACUCCCAGGGGCAGGAGGAGGACCUCAGGUAUGCCCUUGGCAAGACGAUCAACAAGAUGGAAGAGCUGACAUCCAUGCUCCGCGAGGCCUACAAGGCCCAGACGGACCUCCAGACGGAGCUCACCCUCGCCAAGUCCAACCUCCAGCUCGCGCUCGCCAACAACGAGAUGCUCGAGGACGCCCUCCGCCGCGACCCAGGCCACAACAAGGACGUCGGCUGGCGGCGGAUGAGUGCCCGCGAGCAGAUGCUCAAGGCGGAGGCCGACACCGACCGCCGGCGGAGCACCGACAGCCUCACGUCGACCGACUACUCCGCGUCCCCGACCGCGUCCCAGCCGUCGUCUGCGCUGCCGUCCGCGGCGGACCCCCGCGCGUACUCGCCCAUCGCGCCGCGAUCGGCGACGAUGCCUGUGCCGUCCCCCUCCCCCGCGCCCAGCGGGGGCGAGAGCCGGUUCUUCCGCUUCCGCUUCGGCAGCAACGCGACCACGCCGACGAGCCACCCGUCGUCGCCCCGCCUGUCCGCGCAGCCGGGCCUUCCGAUGCUGAACGGCAACCACCUCACGUCGGCCUCGCUUCCGUCGCUCGUGCCGCCGCGGGACUGGGAGAAGGAGGUCGAGGAGCUGCAGAACCGGUUAGAGGCGGAGCGGCAGGCACACAAGAAGGCCUGUGAUGCCAAAAUCGAGCUGGAGGGGGAGCUCGAGUCCCUCUCGCAGGCGUUGUUCGAAGAGGCGAAUAAUAUGGUCGCCACCGAGCGCAUGAAGCGCGCAGAGACGGAGGAGCAGCUCCGAGAGGCGCGAGAACAGGGCGAGGCACUGAAAAACGUCCUUCGUUUGUUCGAGCGCGACGCGGCCACUUCGAAGAGCACAAAGCGCUCCAGCGUCAUUGCCCUCCGCUCUCAAACACCGACAGCACUCCAAGACGGGCCCAUCGACGCCACUCCUCAGCCUCGCACACGACACCACCGAGCAUCGUCGUCGGCAGUGGGCAUUAAAGCCCCAUCGUCGGGCAUCCCUUCCCCGACGUCACGCUCUGCUUCCCCCAUCUCUUUCGCCGACCCCGCCCCAGCCCCGUCUGCCGUGGACGCUGUUCCAGCAGAGUCUCCGAUCUCACCACCAUUAGACAAGCAGCCCCCGGUGACACGAGCUGAUGCCCCAGCACCCUUAGCCGCAGCGUCGCAGGAACGGAGUCACAGUCUGCAGGUGGAGGUCACCACUCCCGCUGACAAUUCCGCUCCUCCAACGCCCUCCCCCGGUCCUUCUCCGCUUUCUGGCGGUCAGUUCCUGUUCACACCUCCACAAGCGGUCAACUACUAUGAUGGCGAAGAGUCCCCCUGGGCGGACGCCCCAUCAUCCACGUCGCGGCCAGUUAGCUCUUAG